GUUCUUUUGUGUGACCUGCAGGUUAUGGCGGCCAUGUUAGAACUUCUGGAAUAAGUUGCGAAACCUUAACAAACAAUGACAAAUAAAGCAACCAAGAUAACAUGAUCAGAGGAUGCUCACAGACAAGAACAUUUAUGACGUGCCAUAAUACCAUCUACUCCUCGGUUGUCCACAAACUAACUCUCUACUGAAUGGUUCAUUUAGUCUCCUGGGGAUGGCUGCCGACACCAACAUCUUCACCGAUAAGCAGACCAAUAACUGGUUCAAAGCGUGCAUUGCCCUCAAUUUGACAAAGGAUGGAUUGACUGACUUUGUUGUGACGGAAUUAUUAAACGUACAAACAAAAGUUGGUAGAAGUUGUGGACAAUGCUUUAUUCAAAACCUUAUACUGUGUCCAACUCAUUAUGUGUGUAAAAAGAGGAAAGGAAAUAACUGUUCUUUCCACAAUUCACAACAACCAAAGUCAUGUCAAACAUGUGAUAAAGUGAAGCAAGAUAUCACAUUGUUACACAGAUUUAUACGUCCUAGUUGGGAAAACACUAAAGCUGAACUAUGGGCGAGGAAUCCGUGGGAAAUCGGUAAAUGCUACCUCCCACCGGACGGAUAUAGCAGCGUAUCAUCUGUGCAAGAAUCUGACUUCAAUGGUGUGGUUAGCGUUGUGUUGAACUGCAAGCAUUUCGAGACAUGCCUCUCCGUCGCAUGUCUAUCACCGCCUCCACCUGAUAAGAAAUGCCCGCUAGAAAAGGUCCGACAAAUAGGCCGAGAUGUACGCCACACUGCCGACUGCAAGGUUACAGAUGCUGAUCUGCAGUACUUCUUUCUGACACUGACCACCCUACUUGCUGAUCCAGUCCGCUUAUUGCAUGAUACCUCAGCGACAGAAGCGCGCAGGAAACUCAGUGAUUUGCAGAAUGAUCGUCUUUCACUUGACGACUUGGGCAAGUUGUUGAAAGAAGCCAGUCAGACCCUCACACAAGCAAAAGAGGCCGGGGAACAUUUUUCCAAAGAGGCUGAAAGGACCCUACGUGAAGGUCUGAAUACCUUAGAGGCUACAAUACAGGCUGGAAAAGAUCGCAUUGAAAACCAGACACAGGCAGGAGAAAAACGCAUUGAAAUUAAGACACAAGAAAGCAUCAACCUCAUCAAUCGAACUGUGAUUGAAAAGGAUCAAGACGAAUACGAGCGAGGAGUAGCAGAAUUGAUCAAAGAUAUGAAGAAGUUUUACAACGACAACUUAAGUCACGUGCCUAUAUCUCCAUUGAAUGACAACGUCGAUGAAAAAUUACUUGACCUGUAUAUGUCGCCAAAAAUUUUCUCAAUGUGCAAGGACAAAGGGGCCUUUACACAAAAGAACAAACGGGUAACGAAAUACAAAGAUGUGUUUCAAACAGAUAACAAAAUGAACCGACGAAUAUUUCUUCAAGGUGAGGCGGGGUCAGGUAAAACAACAUUCUUGGGAAAGUUGGCCCUGGAAUGGUGUAAGUCCACGUCUAGUCAUAUGGAGUCUUCAAAAAACACCGAUUUAAAAACAAUUGAUGAUCAAAAUAAGUUAAGCUCAUCCUCAACUUAUCAUGAACAAUCGGAUAUGCCAUGUGCAUGGUCUGCAACUAACGACGACUCGGAUACGUCAACUGCAUCCACUGUAACUACUGAACUCUCGGAUAAGUCUAGGGCAUCAUUUCAAACUACUGAAGAAUCGGAUAUUUCUAGCUCAUACGAAUCUUUCUCAGAAGAUAGUGACUCGUCAUGCUACAGCCAGGCUAUUGGUCACACCAAUAACAGCUCAAAUAUAUUUGCUGAUGUGGAUGCUCUUCAAGAUUAUAUUUUCGUAUUCUAUAUUACAUUGAGAAAUUUGGUAAAACGAUUCGAGGUACAUACCAUGAUCAAAGAACAAAUUAUAGACUCAAUUUACUCCGAGGACGACCGUGAGAAGGCGUACAGACUGGUGAAUGAGAUAAUGAAACGUGAACGUUGCUUGGUACUACUUGAUGGUCUAGAUGAGUGGGCCGGGUCUGGAGAUCAUCACAACCUACCGACACUGGUAUCAGUUUUCAACCAAUGUGUGAUGUUUAUGACAACACGGCCUUGGAAAUUGGCUGAAGGUAAAGUUAAGCAUUCGGAAAUCGACGCAGUGUUUCAACUGGAAGGAAUAAAUGAGCCGUUUGAGCUAAGCAGAAUUAUUCUUAGCCGCUUAGUAGCUAAGGCAGAGCUUGAAAUAAAACAUAAAGCAUUUAAGCGUUACAUACGGAAUCAAAAGCUCCGCAAGUUGAUAUCAUCACCCAUGAUGCUGUCUGUAAUUGUAUGCUCAUAUGCAGAAGGAAUAGAACUUAAAGGCUCUAAGUGUGAAAUAUACAUCCUCUUACUGGAGAGUCUUUUGAAGAAAGCGAACAGUGAAAUGCGUACAUUUGAACAGUCUCCCUCUCCUUGCUUCAGAGGUACUCAGUACAUACAGCCCAAUAUGGAACGUCUGAAUCGCCUUGCUGAAAUGGCAUUUCAUUUGUUGUUUGUAAAUGCAAAAGAAAACUCACUAGUGUUUAAUAUUACAGAGUUGAAGAAAUUCAAGAUGGAUGAACGAAAACAACAGGACUUUGCGCUAAAGUCUGGAAUUUUAUCGGCAAAACUAACUGCCUCUACACUGCGAUCAUUGUCAUCAUUUAUGUUUAUCCACAAGAGCAUGCAGGAAUUCCUCGCGGCGUAUCAUAUCGCCUGCAAUACGAAUCUUAUCGAUGAUAUUAUUUCCAUCUACCUUAACCGUCACCCGAAAGCCUAUCUCGACAUAUCACAGGUGUUUAUAUUCCUGUGUGGACUGGAUAUAUCAUACGCGGAAAAGCUGUCAAGGAUGAUGCAUGAACGACAUGCUUUAGAUACGAACGAGUACUCAAACAAUCACAUGUGUAAUAGAAUCGUACUGGCAGGAUAUAGAGAAGCUAAUGCAAACGGAUAUUCCAACAUUUCCCUUAAACUCAGUCACUUCUACAUCAAUAGCAACAAUAUCAUUGACCUUCAUAAGAUUUGGGAAAAUAACGCGGCUAAUGCCAUUGAGUUGUACAUCGAUGACAUGAAACCCUUUGAAAACCGACGAACAUCACUUGCAAACGACGAGUGCGCAUCUCAGAUUACAUUUGACCUUCAUUCGUGCCUGGAGCUGAAAAUUCUUCAUCUUACUGGACGUUGCAUAUUGGUAAAAGAUUCUGCCAGUGUGGGCACAUUGGAAUUUCCGGUCUGCAUUAUUCUAAAUAUUGCCGAUCCAACCCAGUGCACAGAGCUUCCUCCUGUACUUCCCUCCAUCAAAUUCAUUAACUUGACCCGUGUCACAUGUUCCUGUACCUGGCUACGCAGUCUGCUUAGCAUGAUGCUGACACGUAAUUGUAAUAUGUACUGUUGGCUGCGUGACUGUCACUUAACUGCGUGUGGAGACGGCGAAGUCAACACAUCAUACACGACUGGAAACAUAUCUUUACACGUAUAUCAAAACAAAAGCAUAUCAAUAUACCUAGAUGAUGAUACCGGUCUGUGGGAGAUUCUGCAUGGUCUGAGUAUUAAGAGUCUGAGUCUGGAUGGUUUCGGUGACAGUGGUUGUAGAGUGAAUCAUGAAACGUCGUUCUCACAGACGAUAGCAUCGCUCUCAAAGCUGGAAAAACUAGCUGGAGAGUUGCAUGCAGAGUCGUUGACUCAGUCGCUAUCAUCGCUCAAGAGGCUGGAAACUCUUGAUAUUACAAUGGAUGAAUUCAUUCCUUGUCUGUGGAAGGCUGUCCAUAGUCUGAAUAUCAAGAGUCUGACUCUGAGCAGUAGGGAGUGGGGAGAGUUGCAUGCAGAGUCGUUGACUCAGUCGCUAUCAUCGCUCAAGAGGCUGGAAACACUUGAAAUUGGUAUGUCUCAAGACAGUCCUGGUCUGUGGAAGGCUCUCCAUGGUCUGAAUAUCAAGAGUCUAACACUGGAUGGUUUGAAGGGGAAAGGUUUAAGGAUAAAUCACUCAGAGUCGUUGACUCAGUCGCUAUCAUCGCUCGCACAGAUGGAAAAGCUAACCAUUCACGUUCAAAAAGACAGUCCUUGGGAAGCCCUUUAUGGUCUGAAUAUCAAGUAUCUAAAUCUCAGAAUAGAUGAUAGCAGAGGAGAAUUGCAUGUAGAGUCUUUGUCACAAUCACUAUCAUCGCUGAUGAGGCUGCAAAAACUUGAUAUUCGUGUGGAUUCAGAUAUUACUGGUCUUUGGGAUUCUUUCUAUGGCCUUAAUAUCAAGAAGCUGCGUGUGUUUUGCUCUCAAAGGUUUGAGUGUCAAGAGUCUGACUAUUAA